AGCCUCCCGGAAGCCUCGCAGAAGAAGAGCUGCUUCUGUUUUGGGCAGCGUGAGCGACAUGGAGCAGUGGCCCGAGGUAGACAAAGCAGCCGCAGAGAGGAGACGCGAGCUGGUUCUGCAGGGCAGCGGUGUCGAUAAGAGGAUUUCCUCCUGCGGGGGGCUCCCCUCCUCUCUCUACGGCCUCCAGCUGCUGAAUUACCUGGAGGUCAGCCAGUGCCCGAGUCUGACGGAGAUCCACGGGCAGAUCCAGCAUCUGACCAACCUGCAAAGCCUGGUCCUGUGCAGGAACAAGCUGGCAUCCGUCCCGGAUGUCCUGGGCGCCCUGAAGUCGCUGAAGGUCCUGGAUCUGUCCGGCAACAGCCUGAAAGAUUUGCCGCAGGGAAUCACCCGGUUAAAGGAGCUGAACACCCUCAACGUGAGCUGCAACUGCCUGGAGGCUCUCCCGGACGGGCUGAGUCAGUGCACCAAGCUGUCCACCAUCAAUGUCUCCAAGAACCACAUCACCGCUUUCCCUCCCGACCUCUUCUCCGAGCGCCUGGAUCUGCUCAGCGCCCUGGUGGCUUCCGAUAACUCCAUCCUGGAGCUCAGGGGAGACAUUCACAAGCUCUCAGCUCUGAAGGUGCUGGACGUCUCCAACAACAAGCUGAGCGAGAUCCCCUCCGAUCUGAGCGACUGCCCCAAGCUCAAGGAGAUCAACUUCAAGGGCAACAAGCUGAGCGACAAGCGCCUGGAGAAGAUGGUCAACGGCUGUCAGACCAAGUCCAUCCUGGAGUACCUGAGGGGCAAAGGUAGGGGACGGCAGUGCGAAGAGGGGGGUGAUGCCGACAACAAGAAGAAAAAGCAGCAGCAGAGGAAGAAGAAGGGGAAGGCGGCAGAGGAGCCAGACGAGGUGGAGGAGCUGGACAAGAUGGUGGUGAGGGUGCUCCACGUCUCCGAGGCGCCCACAGCGCUCACGGUUAAGGUCAGCGCUGAGGUCAAGGAUGUCCGGCCGUACCUGGUGUGCUGCCUGGUCAGAGGAAUGAACCUGAAGGCGGGCAAUGCUCUGAAACGCUUCCUAAUUGCUCAGACCAAGCUCCACGAGGAUCUGUGCGGUAGAAGAACGAUCGCAACUAUAGCGACCCAUGACGCGCAGCUGGUGAAGUGUCCGCUUGUGUAUGAGGUGAAACCACCGACCCAACUCAAGAUCGUCUCCCUGGGUCGGCGGGAGAUGACGGCCGUCGAGCUGAUAAGGCACCUUCACCUGGAGGCCGACGAGCUCAGGAAGCAGAAGAAGAGGCAAAACGUGACCGGCCUCCACAAAUACCUGCAGCUUUUGGAAGGAAAAUCCUUCUACCCCUGCUUAGUGGACGCCGAGGGAGACGUGAUCUCGUUCCCACCGAUCACUAACAGCGAGAAAACCAAGAUCAGGAAGACAACCAAAGAGCUGCUGAUAGAAGUGACGAGCUCAACCAGCCUGCAGACCUGUAAAGAUGUCUUGGACGCUUUGAUCAUCAAAAUGGCAGAGCUGAACAAGUUCACCGCGGAGCACCAGGAGGAGGCGGGCUCAGACGGAGAGAGCGACGGCGCACCGGAGCCGCCCGCCGGCACCGACGCCUCCAGCCAGCUCGUUGUUCAACAGGUCCGGACCGUCGACCAGGACGGCAACCUGAAGGUCGUCUACCCGUCAAAAACGGAUCUGUCCAAAGAAAUUAGUAACUUGACGGUCAUUUGGUCAUAACGCUUCAAGUUUACAUCCGAUGGGUUAUUUUAACAGUUUAAUCUUUUGGACCCUAAGCUUCUUAGAUUCAUUUUGCUAUCAAGCAGUAGUCUAAAAAUACACAUUCAUAAAAUACAACAUUUGCAUUAAAUACCGCCUGAGUGUCAAUGUGCUUAUUUAAUUAUUGUAGGGAUUCUUCAAAUAAAAAAAACACAAGGCAAAUAAAUUGUAAGAAAAAAGAAGAAAAUUAAAAGAAUCCCUGGAAGCAUGUCAAAGAAUAAAUACUCAGUCAGGUUGUCUGUUUCCCUGUGACUUUUAAGCAAAUGGCCAUUGGUCAAUGUCACCAACUUUCACUGGUUUCUUUUUGUUGUAUUUCUGCAGAUUUAUUUUAAGAAGGUAACUUUAACACCGCUACCCAUUGUUGAUUCUCAUUAUUUUUUUUGCCUAAUCCUAUCCCUCAUGCAGCAGACAACAGUGUAACUAAACCAGAAUGCGGAGGUCAGUCUGAAUAAAUACAAAGACGCACAGUAACCAAGACAUGAACGUUAAAUUUAUUAUUCCUUGACUGUUUUCCUAUUACUAAAGCCUGAGUAAUAUAUAUGCCCCCCAUGGGGAACCCACAUAUAAUAUACACUUGUGAACAUCGGCUGGAAAAUAAUCCUUCUGUCUAGUAAAACAUCAUCAUGGCCUAUUCUAAUCUCAGUAUAAUUUUGUACUUGAAAUAAAAUGCUAUAAGUGCUA